AUGUUUCAUUUCCGGAAAAGUACAUCAUCGUCUGUUGACAAAGGCUGGGCAUGGGUCGUCCUCUUUGGGUGCUUCAUGGGCUAUUUAAUAAUAAUUGGUAUGUUAAAGUCGUUUGGAUUAUUCUUUGUGGAAUACCAGAGAAAAUACUCAGCAACAUCAUCUGUAAUAUCUAUGAUCCUGUCUGUUCAAACAAUCAUAGCAAGUGCUGUUUCUAUUAUUAUAAUGGGAAUUGGAACUCGAUACAUUGGUGAGCGGCCCUUGAUAAUUGGUACUGCUUUCUUUGGACUUGCCUCCAGUGUAGGCAACGCAUAUGCCGCUCAGGCUUCAGUAUUGUUCUUUACACAAAGUACUCUAUUUGCUCUAACAGUGGCGUCUGCUUUUGCUCCAUCCACUUUGAUACUUAGUAAAUAUUUUGAGAAACGCAGAGGAAUGGCUAAUGCGAUUGCAAAUGUCGGCGGAAGUAUAGGGGGAUUGACUUUUCCCCCUUUGUACGCUUAUCUGUUUAAGGAAUAUGGCCUGCAAGGUACGCUCAUUAUAGCUGGAGGGAUUUUUCUUCAUUUUAUUCCCAUUGGGAUGUUGAUGAGACCAAUUGAAAGAAAGGAAAAAUUAUUACAAGACAUCGAAGAAAAAGACAAAAGCCAAGACUUAGUAGGUAAAGGACUCUUUGAAGAAUGUCUUGCUUCAAAUGAAAUAAUAAAGGAAGAAAGUGAAAAUGAAGUGAAGGUGAAUCUAAUCGCAUCGAAUCAUUCUCCUCAACGCAAAGGUUCUGAUGGUAAAUUGAACUCUCUACAAAAUAGCUCAGAGGAUGACAGAAAUAUACAGGCCAAACCUUCAAAACUGCUAGGAAGUUCAGCAGAUAUUUCACUGACAGUAUCCAUGGAAGGACUAAAUUUGGCAUGUUCCAAAGCAGAAAUAGACAAUGACGUUUAUGACGAGGAAAAAGGCAUAAAUUGCUGUUUGCAGUUUUUGUUUAAAUUAUUUGACUUUUCCUUGUUUAAGAAUGGUCAAUUUAUCCUACUAAUGAUCUCAAUACUUCUAGUCUCCGCUCCCAGCGGUAUUCCUAUUACUUACAUUCCACCUUUUGCAAAAGACAGAGGAUUACAAACGGAUUUAAUAGGAUACCUCGUAACGAUUUCAGCUGCAAGCGACUUAGUGGGUCGAAUACUAUUUGUAUUUAUUGCGGAUAACAAGAAAAUUGAAAGGCGCCACAUGAUGACUAUUGCAACGGUCACCAAUGGCAUCAUAUGCUUUAUGGCAUUUUUCUCUACCAAUUUUACAUAUUUUGCGAUAUUUGGAAUUCUACAGGCCAUGUUUGGAGGAGUUUAUUUUUCUAUGAUAAAUGUUUUGGUAAUUGAUUUCAUUGGAUUGGACAAACUAAACUACGGAAUAGCAUUUGGAGCGGUAAUGACGGGAAUAUCAAGAGCUGUAACUUCCUUAGUGUUUGGUAUCUUACGAGAUUCCACUGGAAGUUAUGUUUCAGGAUUUUCUUUUAUUGGAGUAUGCUCAAUUCUUGGGGGAGUAUUUCUACUUUUCAAGCCAUGCGUGUCAAAAUGA